UUCUUCCGGGGUCAAAGUGGACGCAACAUGGCGUCCCCUUCGUAGAUGGCUAAACUUAUGUAGCUGAGAUGAAUUCUAUGUCUUGUAUAUUGUGUACAUCAGUUGAGUACAAGCGUUUGUAAUUUUGUGUAUAGGCAUUUUCGACCUGCACCGACGGCAUGUUUCAAGCUCUUAGCAGGACCGCACGGGCUCCAGUUGCCCGCAUCCUUACUCCCCGAGUUGUACUUGUGGAGACGGUCAGGGGGAGAAAAUCACGUAACGACCCAAAGGCGAAGUCAAAAGCUGGGAGAAUCAAGUACCCUCCGCCUGUGGACCCAGUGGAAAUGGUUGUUCUGAAGGAACGGUUCACUGAGUACAAUCUCAUCAUGAGGGCACUGCGAAUGCAGUUUAAAGAAGAGAUGUUGAGGAAGCGUUAUGAAGAGGAGACAGGCUCACUAGCAGAGGAGAGAGCCAAACAGGAGGCUGAAGAACACCGUGCGCUCAUGGCCUGGAACGAUCAGGAGAAUGAACGGCUGCGUAAAAUUAGGGAGAUUAGGGUACAGCAGGAACAGGAGGAGUCUGAACGGAAGCAGGGAGAGGUGGUUCUGGCACGACAGAGAGUGCUUGAGGAGCUCAUCAUGGAGAAGGAGAGUGAGAUAUUGAGAUUACAGGAGGUGGCAAAGACCUUUAUUACUCUGGAGAAUCUGGACCAGAAGAUUGAGGAGGCACUAGACAACCCCCAAAACUACAACUUUGCAAUUGAUAAGGAAGGACGGGUGGUGAAGCAAACUGUUAUGCAGUGAACAAAAGAAACACAUUGAGAAAAACAGUGGCAACAGAGAGAAAAGGAAAAACAAACUCCUAUUCCUCGGAUCAAUCUCCUGCCUUUUCCGCUCACACGUACUUGCAAUUGAAUCGCAGUGCUUUGUAUUCAUUUCUCUUGUGUGGCUUUUUGGGUCCAUGUUUAGUGAUUUAUUGUAUCUUUCUCUUUAAUUAAAUGAUGUUUGUGUUAUUUGCAUUUAA